AUGCUUGCAAACUAUUUGUUCAAGAGUGGUGCCAAGCCAUUAGGUUUUCCGCAGCGUUUUGCAAAUUUUGUGCGUUUCAAACAUGAAUAUGCUCCAAGAUUUAAACAAGUGCAGAAGAAGCAAAAGGGUCGGGUUCCCGUCCGUAUAGGUGGUUCUACCAAGGGUUCUUCGAUGCAAUUCGGUACUUAUGGGAUGCGGUUGAGAACUGAAGGGACCAGAUUGACUGCCCAGCAAUUGAAAGAAGCAGAUAAUGCGUUGAUGAGAUAUGUCAGGCCGUUGACUAACGGUAAGCUAUACAGAAGGCUUUGUACCAACAUUGCUGUGUGUAUCAAGGGUAAUGAGACAAGAAUGGGUAAAGGUAAAGGUGCGUUUGAUCAUUGGAUGGUUAGAGUGCCCACCGGUAAAGUGAUUUUUGAGAUGAGUGGUGAUGAUUUACAUGAAAAAGUAGCCCGUGAAGCGUUCAGGAAAGCUGGUACUAAAUUACCAGGCGUAUAUGACUUUGUUUCCAGUGAAUCGCUCGUAAGAGUUGGUUUACACGGUUUUAAGGACCCAAAGACUGAUCCUACUAUAAAUUAUGUGGAACAACUGAAAAAGAAACCUACAAAGGAAUAUUUGAAUCUGCAAAAAUCUAAGGAGAGACCGGUCAGGUUAUUUAGAGGACGUUAG